UAAAGCGGGGAGAGAGAGGCAUAAAUACACCCACAAAUGAAAUAUAAAAACAUUUGCUAGAGCCGACAUCCAUCCCGGCACCGUCUGUUAGCUUAGCGAGCCUGCAGCUGCCCAGAGGUUCAGUCGAGAAACGCUAUCUGAAACACACAGAGGUGAUUUGUCGACGCUCAGAGAGAGGUGGGCUUGUCGCCACCGCAUCCUGAAUCACCGGGGACAGACUCGCCCCAGUACCGGUGUAUCAUCGUCGUCGUUUGAGGUGCACAUCCUCCCUGAGGCGAGAAGAAAAAGGAGAGGGGGACCCAAACCCGUCUUUUACCCUCUGCCGCAGCCCCGAGGUGCGCUGUCUGGCAGAGCAUGCUAAAUAAUGAGCCAAAGGGACACGUUGGUUCAUUUGUUCGCUGGAGGAUGUGGGGGUACAGUGGGUGCUAUUCUGACUUGUCCUCUGGAAGUGGUGAAGACUAGACUCCAGUCCUCCUCCAUCACUCUCUACAUCUCUGAAGUGCAGCUGAGCACCGUCAACGGAGCCAGUGUGGCCCGUAUGGCCCCACCAGGGCCGCUGCAUUGUCUCAAGUUGAUACUGGAGAGAGAGGGACCCCGUUCACUCUUCAGAGGACUGGGACCCAACCUUGUUGGCGUGGCACCUUCCAGGGCGAUCUACUUUGCGGCGUACUCAACAGCUAAGGAGAAGCUGAACGGAGUGCUGGAGCCAGACUCCACCCAGGUGCACAUGGUGUCGGCUGGGAUGGCAGGGUUCACAGCCAUCACAGCCACCAAUCCCAUCUGGCUGAUCAAGACCCGCCUUCAGCUGGAUGCCAGGAACCGGGGCGAGCGGCGCAUGAACGCGUUUGAAUGCGUGCGGCGGGUGUACCAGAUGGACGGUCUGCGAGGUUUCUACAGGGGCAUGUCAGCCUCGUACGCUGGCAUCUCUGAGACUGUUAUCCAUUUUGUCAUCUACGAGAGCAUCAAACGUAAACUUCUGGAGUCCAAGGCCCAGGCCACCAUGGACGAAGAGGACGAGUCCGUCAGGGAUGCCUCAGAUUUUGUGGGCAUGAUGCUGGCAGCAGCCACUUCUAAGACCUGUGCCACCACCAUCGCUUACCCACAUGAGGUGAUCCGCACACGGCUACGAGAGGAGGGCAGCAAAUACCGGUCCUUCUUCCAGACUCUGAUCACAGUACCGAGGGAGGAGGGAUACCGGGCACUGUACCGCGGCCUAACCACUCACCUUGUCCGACAGAUCCCCAACACCGCCAUCAUGAUGUCUACCUAUGAACUGGUGGUCUACCUGCUUCACCGUUAGCCAGCUUCCUUCCUGUUUGGAGAGGAAGAAGGAAGUAGCUAGCAAAUGACUGGCAAGAAAAAAUGGGGAGGAAAUGUCAAAAUGAAGACCAAAGGAAAAAAAAUACACUCUGGUGGACCAGUCAAUGAAGAAGGCAAAAAAGAUGAAGAAGUAGAAGAAGAAGAAGAAGAAGACGGAGGAACAGUCCUUUGUUACCAUAUCAACAACAUCACCUCUAAUUCCCUUUUGCAGAGACUGUUGGAUCUGAUGGAGGGCACUACAGCUCAGAGAAGGCUGUUUCGUAGUAGUGGUAGGAAGAGAGAGGAGGCCCAGAAAGAGGAAGGAGGUAGAAAGUUUUGUCUUUUACAGAGCCUGUUAAAUAGAAGGUACAGCUGAACAAAGGAAUAUAAAAAAGAACAAUUCAGUGGCCUUAAAAAAACAAAACAAAAGGGUUUUAGCUUGUCUCAUUCUCUUUCUGUGAAAAGAGUAGAAAACAAUUUCCUUCACUCUGUUUUAGAGAUGACAAUGUGAACGUGGAAUGCUUGGAGACAAACUAGGUUUGACUGGAAUGCAGUUAUGUAACAUAAAUCACCAACUGCGGUUAUUUUAACAAUCUAAGAAACGUUACUUGGCACUUUCUGUCCAACCUGACACCAGUGUAAGAACAAAGUCUGCACUUCCCUCUUGUAAGUUCUGAUAACUGGCCGUUAAGGAAUGUUCAGUCAAGGUGAAUGGCGGGAAUUUGGCCGUUGUAAUUAUACCAAUAUGAAGAAGAAGAGAGUUCAAACCAAGAUACUCACCUGUUUUCCACAUGCGCCAAUACUUUUUUCCCAGUCUCAUUCACACUAAUGCAGACAGAGAAUGCCAAAACAACCAUCUGUGCACUACACAAAGUUUGGCUUCAAGCAUUCCCCUCUGCAGGCUGCAGUUUUGCCCCUUUACAGUUUGAAGUUCAUGCAUAACUGUGCACUCGCUGGCCAAACACGACUGCAAGCGUGUGACGGCUGAUCACUUGAACACAUGCCUCAGAUACCAGUGUUAAAAGACCGUACGUUGAAAAGUCGACGUUCAUUCAGUGUUUUUGUUUCUGUGGUGUCAGUUACCUGACCCGAGGCCUCGCAGUGACAUAAUGUGGUGAAGUGAAGUUGGCCUCGAACGCUUACUACAGAACAGUUUGUCCAUUCAUAAGUUGGCUAAAAUUGGGCCAGGUUUGGCAUACUGGGGCAGCUUCGUCUUCCAUGAGUCACUGGCCAAGUCUUGUGUGAGUACAUGAGACCACUGUGUCCUGUUUGGGAUGUUAAGUGUGAUUGUCCGAAAAGUACCGACACUUACCUACUAGUGGAGUGCCACUACUUGAAAAUAAUAUGACAGUGUGGGAAGUGUUGGAGCAUCAGUGUAAGUUAAUCAUCUCCCAGUUCAUGUGUGUUUGUGUGUGAAUGCGUGUCCAGCAUGUUUGUAAGUCAUUUUCAGUGUUCCUCUUAAUGUGUUCCAGAAUGUGUGUAUGUGUGUGUGCGCAAGUGUGUUUGUGCAUGUGCGCUCAUGCGUGCCUGCAUGUAUAAUAAUUAUCUACCCCAGAGUUCCCUCCACUAAUUAAUCUUGCAAGACACUGCAGUGAAGAGUGUGGAAGAGCUACUAUAGAAGAGUGGCAGCUUUCGUCUCCACUCACAUGCCAGUUCCUCAUACCAGUGGCUUCCAACUGAUGUUAUUACCAUGCACUUUUGUGGCCUUUUAGGGCUUGUGCUUUGCAUUUUAUUGUGUGGACAGUUUAAACUUGUACAUUGUAAAAAAAAAAACAAAAAGAACAAAAACAAAAACAAAAAACAAACAAACAAAAAAAACAGCAACAACAAAGAAUAGUAAUGAUGUAUAUUAAAAUAGUAUUUUGCUCAACAGUUCUGAUAGCAGAUAUAUUGUACAGUUUAGAGUAUUCAAUACUUGUGAAAGAUGUUCAUAUGUGUGUACAUAAUAUAGAUAUAUACAUAUGUUUUGUUUUGGUUUUUUUUUGGCUUAGGUCCAUGUAUGAUUGUGUUGUAGUUUGCAUUUGCAAAUAAUUUUUUUUUUUUUUUUUUGCAUUUUUGUGCAAUUUAAUCUGUUGCAACAUGGUGUGUUGAAUAUUUUUAUUUUGGAUUGUACUUUAUUGUUUGUUGUGUUUGUAUGUCAUCGUUCAUGUGAGCCUUGGUGCUGGAGGAUCGGUCAUUCAUUUUAUGGCAUUCAUAAAAAGUGUGCUAUUUUGCAAGGUUUGAUUUAUUAUAAUCAUAAUUACCCCGCUCCCCAACACACACACACACACACACACACACACACACCCUCAAUAGGGAUGUUUACGUUAUAUCUUACAUUCUGUCUGCAUUAUUUUUGGAAUUCCAGGCAUCAAGUUUGGAACCAAAAGAUCACAUCAAAAUCCUUUGAUGUGAGAGUUCAAGAACUGGAGUCAUCCUCCUGUAACGAUGUAGAGGGCUGCUUAAAACAGACUUUGGGAGAUCCAAAAAAAACUAAAUUCAUGUGCUGCCAAGGGAGGUUAUUGGUGACUGAAUACAUUUUCACCCUUAAGCAGUCAUGUCCAGAAGUUCACAUACUAUAUGUACAGCAUGAUCUUUUGGCAAAAUUAACCAGUUACCAUAUACAAAUGUAUCCAACCAUAAUGGAAAAAUCUCCUGUGCUGCUAUCAAAGAAUAGACCACACACACACACACACACACACACACACACACCUUAUAGGCUUCCACUGCAAAGAAUCUCCACCACCACUCCAGCCUAACCAGUUUAGUCUCUGUGCACACACACUCAUGCCCUCUAAUCGAAAGUCUGCAUACUUUUGAUCUGUUAAAGCCUUAUAUCAGAGAAGAUACAGUGCAUUCACACAUGAUCCUGUUCUUGACUACUUUAAUUUUUUUCCCCGUGUUGCAGUGUUUAUUUCAGAGUCAAAUCAAAGCCUGCAUUGUAACUCUUAACAAUCACUGAUUUUAGGCCUCUAUGGACUUAAGGCUCCUAGUAUCUGGGAAUGAAAAAAUUGCUGACUCAUUUUAACUCUCUUUCAUUUUCUGUAAACACUAAUGACUUUUCUUUGGCUCUAGUUCAGUAGUACUUGAGGUCAAAUUACCAAAAUGUGACAAAAAUGGACAACUGGACUAUAAAAUGCAAAUAUUUCAGUGAACUAUUUAGAAUUUAAAUGUUAUUGACUUUUUUUUUUUUUUUUUUUAAUAUUUUAUUUCAGUGUCUUUAUGCCAUUCAAUGUCUUUCAUUCUGUAUGCUUGGCCAGGAUGUGGCCUCAAACAGGGUUAGAUAAAGCCUGGAUUUUCCAGCCGUGUCGUGACAUUUUUUUGUACAAAAGUGAAUAAAAACUCAUUUGCAAAUUA